AUGUAUAUUCUAGAUCAACUGGCGCGUCUUUUGGACCGCCCGCUCUUCCCAUGGAAGAACGUCCUCGUUGGGUUCUCCCUGGGCCAGUUCAUCCUAGAAGGACUUCUAUCCUUCCGUCAGUACAAGGUCUUGCAGCGAACGAAGCCACCAAAGGUCAUUGAACAGGAGGUAUCACAGAAAGUCUAUGAUCAAAGUCAGGCAUAUGGUCGUGCGAAGGCGAAGUUUGGGUUUAUCUCCGGUGUAUAUGGUCAAAUUCAGAACCUUGCGUUUAUCUACGGUGACGUUCUCCCCAAGCUCUGGGGAGUUAGUGGACUCCUUUUGGCAAGAUACCUCCCAGAUCGCUUCCAGGGUGAAAUCUCGCAGACACUCUUAUUCAUCUUUGGGUUCAAUCUGAUUAGCACUGUCCUUUCUCUGCCCGUUUCGUACUACAACACCUUUGUCCUUGAGGAGAAGUUUGGUUUCAACAAGCAAACGGUCAAGCUCUGGGUUAUGGAUAUGCUCAAGGGUCAGAUGCUGGGUAUAGUUCUGGGCACACCGAUUAUCAGCGCCGUGCUGAAGAUUGUUCAAAAGACUGGCAACUCGUUCUUCUACUACCUCUGGCUCUUUGGCAUCUUCGUCCAGGUCUUCGCCAUCACCAUCUACCCGAUCGUCAUCCUGCCCUUGUUUAACAAGCUGUCUCCUCUUGAGCCCGGACCUAUCAAGACUGGCGUCGAGAAUCUCGCCAAGAAGUUGAACUUUCCUCUUCAAGAACUACAUGUGAUUGAUGGCAGCAAGCGGAGUGCGCACAGCAAUGCUUAUUUCUACGGUCUCCCUUGGAAGAAGCACAUUGUCAUCUACGAUACCCUGAUUGAAAAGAGCGAGCCCGAGGAAGUCGUUGCUGUUCUCAGCCACGAGUUGGGUCACUGGAAGCUCAACCACACUACCAAGCUCUUUGGCAUUGCCCAGUUCCACAUGUUUUACAUCUUUGCUCUUUUUUCGACGUUUGUGAACAACAAGUCUCUCUACCAGUCUUUUGGUUUCUACAGCCAGCAGCCUAUUAUGAUCGGUUUCCUCCUCUUUUCGGACGCCCUCGCGCCCAUGGAUGCUGUUGUCAAGCUUCUCAUGAACAUUCUUAGCCGUAAAUUCGAAUUUGAGGCCGAUGCAUUUGCUGUAGGCCUUGGUUACUCGGAACAGCUCUCCCAAUCGCUGCUCAAGCUCCAGAUUCAGAACCUGAGCACUAUGGAUGCGGACUGGCUGUAUGCUAGCUACCACUACUCUCACCCUAUCCUCCCGGAGAGGCUCAAGGCGCUCAACUGGAAGGGUGGAAAGGUCACUGACCUCAAGGAUGAAGACAGCGAGAAGCCUGUCAAGGCUGCUGACAGGGAACUGUGA